AUGAAUUCAACAAAUGAUACAAAUCCAGGACUGACAAUACUUUUUGAUUAUAAACUUAAAUUAGUUGAACAAAUUGUUUUAGGAACUAUAUUCAUUUCAGCAUUAAUUGGUAAUACCAUAGUAUUAGUAAUUUUAUUAAAUAAAAAACAUCGACAUAUAACACGAAUGGCUUUUUUUAUUUUACAUCUUACUAUAGCUGAUUUAUUAGUGGCAUUUUUCAGUGUUUUACCAAUGCUUAUAUGGAAAUCAACAAUAACAUUUUUUGGUGGAGAUUUUCUAUGUCGAAUUGUUUCUUUUCUCAUGUUAACAGUAUCAUAUAUUUCAGUUUACACUCUUGUUGUAAUGGCAAAUGAUCGUUAUCAAGCUAUUGUUCAUCCACUAUCAACUUAUACAUGGACAUAUCGUUCAGGUCUUAUUCAUAUGAUAGGUGUUUGGUGUUUAAGUCUUCUAUUGGCAUCUCCUCAAUUAUUUAUAUUUCGUCUUGCUUAUCAUCCAGCAUAUCAGAAGAAAACAUGUAUGGCAAGCUUUUUUGGUUCUAAUCGUACAUGGGAAUUAAUCUAUAUAGCAUGGACAAUAUUUGUACAAUUUCUUUUACCAAUAUGUAUUUUAAUAUUUUGUUAUAGUUCUGUUUAUAUAAUAGUUAAUAGAAAUAUUUCUAUGUAUCGUUCAACAGAUCAUUUAAAACGGAAAAAUUUUACAAAAUUAUUAUCAACUAGAAUAUCAAAACGUUCUGGUAAUAUUCCAACAUCAAAAACAAUACCUCGAAUUCCACCAAAAGAAGUAGUAAAUAAUCAUUUACAUAUUCAUUAUCCAUCUGUUGAAUGUACAAGUAUAACAACUGUUACAUUUUUAAAUAAACCGUCAUCACAUAAUAUACGUGAUAAGACGUAUCCAAUUGUAUUUCGUCUUCGACGUUCACCAUUAGAUAUAACAAAAAAUCAAAGUACAAGUAGUAUUGAUGGACAAAAAUCUCAACAACGUCAUGGUGCUAAUCAUUUCCUUUCGCGAGCACGUCUUAAAACAAUUAAAUUAACAUUUAUUGUUGUUCUUACAUAUAUUCUUUGUUCAACACCAUUUUAUAUUGGAUCUAUUAUAAUGACUUUACAUGAAAAAUUCAUAUCACAAAAAACGAUGAAUUGGCUUAUGACUAUAUUCAGUCUUUUAUUCAAUUUAAAUAGUUGUUCAAAUCCAAUUAUAUGUCUAACAUUGAGUGGUACUCUUCUUCGAUGUCAAAAUAGUUAUCGACAACGACCAUUACCAUCACAAAUGCGUCAGAUCGCCAAUUGUAAUAAAAUAAAAUCUUCAAAACUGUUUGUUGGAUUGUAG